UAAUCGUCUUGCGAAUCCCGCGACUACAACUGCAGUGUUUGAGGGCGGCCGAUGAACACGUCGUUUGCGAGCAGCCAGUAAAGAUCAGAGGCGGGGCUGUGUUACACAAACUAACAUCGGUUCGUACAGGAAGGCGUGAAAGAGCUCCAGACUGCGUUCAGCAGAGCUGUCGGAAGCUUCCCGGGCUGAAAGAGAAACCGGGUUGCACUGGACCGAGUACACGUGGUGAAUUUCACACUGUUAACAGUUUGGCCAUGGCGUCCAGCAGCUCCUGUGUGGUGAUCGGCGAUGAUGAGCAGGGUUAUGAUCUCGACCUCUUCUGCAUACCAAAGCACUAUGCUUCUGACCUGGAACGUGUCUAUAUACCUCAUGGACUAAUCAUGGACAGGACUGAGCGACUGGCCAGAGAAAUCAUGAAGGAUAUGGGGGGACACCACAUUGUUGCCCUCUGUGUGCUCAAAGGGGGCUACAAGUUCUUUGCAGACCUGCUGGACUACAUCAAAGCACUGAACCGCAACACUGAUCACUCCAUCCCAAUGACUGUGGACUUUAUUCGCCUCAAAAGCUACCAAAAUGACCAGUCCACAGGUGAGAUUAAGGUGACUGGUGGAGAUGAUCUGUCCAUACUAACAGGGAAGAAUGUCUUGAUUGUGGAGGAUAUAAUAGAUACUGGGAAGACAAUGCAGACAUUGUUAGAGCUCCUCAAGCAGUACAAUCCAAAAAUGCUAAAGGUGGCCAGUUUACUUGUGAAGAGGACACCAAGGAGUGUUGGCUACAGACCUGAUUUUGUAGGAUUCGAGGUUCCUGACAAAUUUGUGGUGGGAUAUGCGCUCGAUUACAAUGAGUACUUUAGAGAUUUAAAUCAUAUCUGCAGCAUCAGUGAAACAGGAAAAGAGAAGUACAAAGCAUGAGGUGGUCUGCACCUCACCCUUUUAGCUGUGCAUAACUUUUAUUGAUCAUUUUAUAUUAUAUCUGGUUUGUAAUUUUAAGGUGUGCUGCUUGCUGCAGAUACAGCUCCUUUUCUCCAGGAAUGAAAAGUAUAGAGAGCCAUGCCUCCUCUCAAGGCACUGUGGUUCUCACAUACUAGUGACCCCAAGCCUUUCUAUAUUGAAUCACUGAUGUAUUUUGGUUUGAAUGUAUUCAGCUAUAAUAUAAUAUUUUUAAAAAAAACGUAUAUAUAAAAUAAGCAGGUAAAUUUCUCUAAUUUAUUGUAUCAUUUUGAACCUUUCUUUUAUGUUAAAUAAAUUUUUUAAAAACUUUA